UCUUUGAGCUCUCUCUGUCUCUCUCUGGUAUCCAUAUCUGUUGAAUAUGGGGAAGGAUACUGAAGUUUCCCAGCAAGGCUCCUUCUCUGCAAAGGAUUACCACGACCCACCUCCGGCACCGUUGGUGGAUGCCGAAGAGCUGACCAAAUGGUCAUUCUACAGGGCUAUCAUUGCUGAGUUCAUUGCAACACUUUUGUUUCUUUAUAUCACUGUUUUGACAGUAAUUGGGUACAAGAGUGAAACAGAUCCCAACCACAACGGUGACCAAUGUGGUGGUGUUGGUAUCCUUGGAAUUGCUUGGUCUUUUGGUGGCAUGAUCUUCAUUCUCGUUUACUGCACUGCCGGUAUCUCUGGAGGGCAUAUUAACCCAGCAGUGACGUUUGGGCUUUUCUUAGCCCGUAAAGUAUCACUAAUCCGCGCUGUGAUGUAUAUGGUGGCGCAAUGCUUGGGUGCAAUGUGUGGUGUAGGGCUAGUAAAGGGCUUUCAAAAGUCUUACUAUGUGCAGUAUGGUGGUGGGGCGAAUGAGAUCGCCGAGGGCUACAGCAAAGGUGUGGGUUUGGCAGCUGAAAUUAUUGGUACCUUCGUCCUUGUCUACACUGUUUUUUCUGCUACUGAUCCCAAGAGAAGUGCCAGAGACUCCCAUGUUCCAGUAUUGGCACCACUACCAAUUGGGUUUGCAGUUUUCAUGGUUCACUUGGCUACAAUCCCAAUUACAGGUACAGGUAUUAACCCAGCUAGAAGUCUUGGAGCUGCUGUUAUCUACAACAAAAGCAAGGCUUGGGAUGAUCACUGGGUCUUCUGGGUUGGACCUUUUAUUGGUGCUGCCAUCGCAGCUUUCUACCACCAGUUCAUUUUAAGAGGAUCUGCAGUUAAAGCUUUUGGGUCCUUCAGGAGCAGCUCCAAUAUCUAAAAUGGUUCUUCCAGGAGUUUGGCUUUGGUUUCUUUCAGUUUCUGAAAUGUUUAGGGAAGAUGAAAGAGAUGAUGUUUCUGAUGAGUAAUAAUAAUGGAGAGGAGUGCAGGAGUAGCUGAAAUUGUGGAUAGAAUUAGAAUUAUCUUUGUGAAUUGAGAUGGAAGGGUGGCUUUCUCUUUUUAUAUCCCAUCCACUCUUCUCAACUCUUAAUUUGGUUGUAUCAAUGUAAGUUUUAUGUAAGCAUUCCUAUUCACAAUGCAAGCAUAUUUGCCUU